AUGUCAGACGACGACGACGACGGUGAGCAUUAUUUUUUACAACCAGUUAAGGGCUACAACAUUGUCGAGAAAAUCAAACUGGCGAAUGAGCAAUUGUACGAACUGGAAAUUCCUUACAAGACGAAUAAACGGUCCAAAGUUCAAUUUCGCGAAAAUUUGGUAGAUUUUGAACCUGAUUGUUCAUCGGAUGAUGGAUAUGGCGAAUCAGCUACAAGCACAUCAGAUCACGAACCAAAGAAAAAAGGAAACGACAAACGCUCUUACGACGAACCAUGUGACUUGGAACGAGAAUUAGACAAUUUACGAUGUCCCAAUAACAAUGACAGCAGUAACUGCAAGAAAAAAAUCAUCCAAAAUCCCGAAAGUGACGAAGAAAGCUCCGUCGAAGAAGAAGAAGCUUGUACAAAAUGUCUCUCAUCAGACGACGAAAUCCCCGACGAAACAGUUUGUGACUCAAAUUGUGAAGAAGAGGAAGACGACGAAGACGAAGAAGACUUUGAAGAAGAAUGUCACGGCGAAUGCAACGAAAAAAAAUCAAAACCCCCGUCGAAAGAUUGUUCGGAAUGCGAAAUGGUUGAAAAAGUCGUUGCGAAUCUCGUGUUGGAACAAGUCAAAAAAGACGAGGAAGAAGCGAAAAAACCGCCGCCUGAACCGCCAAAGAAGAAAAAACCUUUGUACAAAUCGAAAUUCGGGCGAUACGGCAGAGGCAACAACGAAAACGCAACUUUUGAGGUAAUUGAGACGGAAUUUGGGCGUUUUCGAGGAUGUUGUCGACACAAAGUUGAACAUGUCGAAGGAAUGCCCGGAUAUCAAGGCGCCCGAUCGUUGUACGGAUUGAGUGAGGAGCAAUAUCAGAAACGGGAGGAAAAAUUACAAAAGCUGGAGUUGCUUGAACAACAAAAAAUCGCCAAAUUGAAGGAGGAAUAUGUGAAAAAGUCGAAUGAAACGGAAGAUGCGUUUGCUCAAUGGUUGAAACAAAAAGCCAAAAGCAAACCGAGUCGCAUGAAAAACAUGUACGAUCAAAAACCGCAAGUAAAAACGACACAAAAAGUGCUCAGAAGCCAAAAAGGACCAAAGAAACUUCUUCCUAACAACAAUAGUUCAAAGAUUAACAACAAUGUUGAAGAUACUGCAUCGAAAAAAUCCUAA